AUGCGAGUGGCUGAGAAGCACCCGGACCUUCCUUCUGGGUCUCUUGUCCUCGAAGAUCUUCCAGACGUCGUUGGGCCUCCCGUUGAAGCGGAACAGAAAAUUCCCUCGAAGGCUCUGGGUGAUUUAAACCUGGAGGAGGUCGAGAGUAUCUUUGAGAUCCAGCCGCUUCCAUCGGAGAAUGAGGAGCUGGGAGAUGAGUGGGACUUACGACCCAUUCUCCGAGAGGAGUUCCAAAUCCCAGCUGCCUUUGACGAAUUCUACGAUUUCCUCAUGAAAUCCUUUGAAUACCUGGACGUUGCCUAA